UCGGGUGGAUUUAAGGAUCGCUUUAAAGGAUUUUUACCCCAGCGCUGCGGGAACGCCCUGCCCGCUCCCAAGAUGGCGGCGGCGCUGAGGGGCUGAGGCCGCCCUGGCGCUCUCGGGCGGGAGCCGGCCCGGGCCUGGCGGGCGCUUCCCACACGUCUACGGGUAAAAAUCUAGUGGCUGCAUUCAGAAAUCCAGAAGAUGAUCGCGGCUGUGCCAGCGGCACGAGGAGCAAGGCGGCGCGGAGGCAUUCCCGGAGGAUGGAUGGAGAAGAAAAUCCUGAUGAAGUCCAAGGUUGCUGCUCCCAACCUCCUGAGGGCUCUGCAUUCCCUGUACCGGCUCGGGCACCUCUGCGACGUGACAGUCCUCACCCAACACCUGGGAAUUCAGGAGGAAUUCCUGGCUCAUAAAGCCGUCCUGGCAGCUUCCAGCAACUACUUCAAGGGGCUUUUCCUGCACCAGGAGAUGCUGGACACGCAGAAGUGCACGGUGACUCUGCAGGACAUCUACACCGAGGAGUUCACCUCCUUCCUGGAGUUCGUGUACACGGCAGAGGUGGAGAUCGAGGCAGGAAAACUCCAGAGGAUGAAGGAAAUUGCAGAAAGGCUGGAAUGCAAGGAUUUGCUUGAUAUCUGUGAGGAAGUGAAGGCAGAGGGCAGGAAGGGCUUGGAUUUGAGCCUCCACCUGAAAGGGCAGAGGGGUGAAAAUAGGGGAUCGCAGUGGCCUUGUAUCCAGCAAGAGGAAAACUCCAGGAACUCUUCCCAAGUCGUGGCAAUUCCCGUGCAGAGGAAACUUUGGGACAGGCAGAAACAUAAGGAGCUGCUGCCAGGCUAUGAGCUCAUUGAAAGCCAAGCAGGAGGCCUGGAGCAGGAGGCCACAUCUUUUCCAGCCCCAAAAUCCAGGCCGGCAAAGCUGCCCAAGAGCAGCAAGCCCCAUUCCCCAGCCAGACUGGGUGUGGAUGUCACCAGCCUGGAGAACAAGGGUGGCCAUUCCCUCGGCAGGGGGCAGGAGCGGAAGCGGGAAUCCCAGGCGUGUCCCUACUGUGACAAGGCCAUCAGCUCCAAGUGCGGGCUGGCCGUGCACGUCCGGACACACACCGGGGACGGGCCCUUCCGCUGCCAGCGCUGCCCCGCCAGCUUCGCCCACAGGGCUGCCUACACCGCCCACCUCAGGAAAAUCCAUGAGGCUGGGCAAGAGAGGAAACUCCUGCCUGUCUAUUGGAUGGUGGUUCCACCCACACAUGGCCCAAACCCCACGAGCCAUGACAAAGAUCCCGACGGAGAGACUUGGGAUGGGACACCAGAAACCUCAGGAUGUGAGGAAGAUGCCGGGAAUUCAUCCGUUGCUGAAGCAGAAAGGAGCAAGGAGCAAGAGGGAUCCCAGGAAGCUGAAGGAGGGAAUGAAGAUGAAGGUGGAAUGAGUGUGAAGGGCGAGGAGCAGGGAGAUUAUAACACAGGAUACUCGGAAGUCGGAGGAAGCAGGGACAACGUGGAAUGUUCUGAGGAGGAGGAUGAAGCCUCACCAGAGAAGGGCAGCAAAGAACCUGAACCAGGGUUUAAACUGAAGAAGGCCAGUAAAAGCGUGUCCAGCAAGAAAUCCAUCUACGUGAUCCAGUGCGACAAGUGCCAGGAGCAGUUUGUCUCCCGGAAGAAGUACGUGGAUCACUGCCGGGAUGUGCACCAGAGCCCGCCUGGCAAGGUGUACCGCUGCGAGGUGUGCAGCAAGGCCUUCGCCAGCUACACCAGCUGGAAGGAGCACCGUGCCUGCGUGCACAGCGAGGAGAGGAGGUUCUCCUGCAGCCUCUGCCAGGCCACCUUCAAGAGGAAGCGGGAUGUGAGGACUCACUCCGUGCGGAAGCACGAGGGCAGGGCCAAGCGGCCGCUGUGCUCCGUGUGCGGCAAGAUCCUGAGCUCCCGCACGGCGCUGGUAUUCCACAUGCGCACGCACACCGGAGAGAAGCCCUACGAGUGUGGCGUGUGUCACUCCAGGUUUGCUCAGCCUUCCCAGCUCAAGAUCCAUACCAGAUCCCACACUGGGGAGAAGCCCUACAUUUGUGAGGACUGCGGCGCUUCCUUUGCCGACAAAGGAAAACUCACCGGCCACAAAAGGACACACACAGGAGAGCGGCUCUUCAGGUGUGACGUGUGCGGGAAGCACUUUGCCACCAACGAGUACCUGAAGUGCCACAAGCGCUGUCACCUGGGAGCCAAACCCUACAGGUGUGAGGUCUGUGGGAAAGCCUUCGGACUCAGAGCCUCCCUGGCCCAGCACAGCAACGUCCAUGCAGGUUGCCCCAUCCAGCCUUGAACACUUCCAGGGAAUGUUGCAGUGUGAUGUCAUGGUUUGCCUCAGAUUCCUGGGUUUCUCCCUGAAAAUUUCCUCCCCAGGUGUGUCAGCCACCUCUCCCUCCCCCUCCCUUGCCCCUGCUGAGCGCUGUCUGUCAGUCCUGGCAUGUGAGAAGGGCGUGGAGUGACUGGCAAAAUUCAAAAGAUGCCCUGUUCCUGAAGGGACAUUGGGCCAUCCAGGUGUCAUUUGUCCCUUGAGAUUCCCUCCCCGUACCUGGUUGGUGGUGCCUCGUGUUCCUUCCCAGAGCUAAAAAGAACAGCAACCCCGAGGUUAGGGAGUUCUGUUGGAUCCAUUGCUGGAUUCAGAGGCCUGUGGGCCAGAAUAAAGCUCUGGAUGGAAACCCUCCAUCAGAACCGCCUCCUUCACCAUCCCCUUAAAGCUUCUCCGCCAGAGGGAAACCUGAGGAGCAGACCCUCUUAAAGGAGGAGGCUCCAUCCCACCAUCCCCAGAGCUCCUGCAUGCCUGGACUUGUCUCCAAGCGCCCAGCUGCAGCAUCCAGCCAGCCAAAAGUGUCUCUGGGGUGAAACACCCCAGUGCCGCUCUUUGGUUCAGCAGCGAGGGCCGGACAAGCUCAGGCACGUCCCGUCCGGCUGUAUUGGUAAAUUCCAAUAAGGGAAGAGCCAGCUGCUCUCUCCCACGUUGCUGUCCCUGUUAUUCCCAGAGACCCGUCCCUAUUUCUGCGAGCAGUGUGGCAAGGCCUUCACGCAGCAGGGCGCCCUGCGGCGCCACCAGCGCAUCCACACCGGCGAGAAGCCCUACAAGUGCCGCGCCUGCGACAGGACCUUCACCGACAUGUCCACCCUG